UUUCCAUCACAGACCGGCCCCCAGCACGCGCCACCUCAACGAGUCCAAUCAAAAGCCAGGGAAUGCCUCCUGUGCAAUAAUACCAUGACGACGCGCCUGUCACUUCCGAGCUGCGAGCUGCGACCAAUAUCAGCAGACAGACGAUAAGGGAAAUCAAUUGCAAUUCGUGCAAUUGGAUACCGAAUUCAUGAAAUAAAAGAACGCAUUCUCUUUCGUCGCUGAUACACCAGGUGUUUUAUUCAAGGAGUAAGGUGUUGCUGCCAUUGUCAUCAGAUAAACACACAAGGGCAGAAGAAGAAGGACCAGGAAAUGAAUACCUUGCCCGAGUCAGUGGCAGCAGGUUUACGACCCCUCAUUCCCUCUCCAACCAUUCACACCUCAGGGUUAGAGGAGCUGUCCCAGUGAUAAACUACCUGCUCAGAGCAUAAACCCUGGGACCCUUCCUUAGGGUUAGAGGAGCUGUCCCAGUGAUAAACUACCCGCUCAGAGCAUAAACCCUGGGACCCUUCCCUGGGUUCUAAAGUGAAAUAACACCCGGUCAGGAUGAAACUGAAAGAGGAUCUGAACCCGAUGCUGCUGCUGCUCUUCCAGGUGACAGUGUGGCUGUACUCUAUCCUAGCCUUCCUCCCCUCCUACCUCUUCAGCUCUGUGUCAGAAUCAGACGCAGGCCUCGGCUCAGAACAGGAGAGGGCUCAGAGACUCAAGGCCCAUUCUGUGACGGGUCGCCCCGCGGGCCCCUACAGGGCUAUGGGCACCACCAAGAGGCUGGUGUCGUCCCUGCACCCCGGGGUGGACACACUGGAUAAGGUGUUUGAGGACGCAUCCAGAAGGUUCCCUGACAGAGACUGCCUGGGCACCAGAGAGGUGGUCAUGGAGGAGGAUGAGCGACAGAGCAACGGAAAGGUCUUCAAGAAGGUGAUCCUGGGGCAGUACCGCUGGCUGUCCUAUGCUGAGACCCACAAGGCAGCAGCCCGCUUUGGCAGUGGUCUUGCAGCGCUGGGCCAGAGGGCCCACAACAACAUUGCCAUCUUCUGUGAGACCAGGGCUGAGUGGGUCAUAGCCGCACAGGCGUGCUUCAUGCAAAACUUCCCUUUGGUCACUCUGUACUCUACCCUGGGGGGUCCGGCCAUCACUCACGGUCUGAACGAGACAGAGGUCAGUCACAUCAUCACCAGCAGAGAGCUACUGGAGACCAGACUCAAGUUCAUCCUUCUGGAGGUGCCCAGGCUGCAGCACAUCAUCGUGGUGGAUGACACACCCACCAAGUGGCCCGGUUACCCACGAGGCAUCAGUGUCCACAACAUGGCCACCGUCCAGGAGCUGGGGACCAAGCCUGAGAAUGGUAAACACACAGUGUCUCGUGGGCGUAAACAGCCCAUGCCCUCUGACAUCGCUGUCAUCAUGUACACCAGCGGCUCCACUGGCAUACCCAAGGGCGUCAUGAUCUCCCAUAGUAACAUCAUUGCUGGCAUCACUGGCAUGGCAGAAAGGAUACCCAACCUGGGUGAGAAUGACACCUACAUCGGAUACCUCCCCCUGGCCCAUGUGUUGGAGCUGAGUGCAGAGCUGGUGUGUGUGGCUCACGGCUGCAGGAUCGGAUACUCCUCCCCCCAGACACUAGCGGACCAGUCAACAAAGAUUAAAAAAGGCAGUAAAGGAGACACCAGUGUUCUGCAACCUACUCUUAUGGCAGCUGUGCCGGAGAUAAUGGAUCGUAUCUAUAAGAAUGUGAUGACCAAGGUGGAGGAGAUGAGCAGUGCUCAGAGGACUCUGUUCACUCUGGCCUACAACUACAAGCUGGAGCAGCUCUCCAAAGGACACAGCACACCGCUGUGUGACAACCUGGUGUUUAAGAAGGUUCGGUCCCUCCUGGGGGGGAAGACCAGGGUGCUGCUGUCGGGCGGGGCGCCCCUCUCUGCCGCCACCCAGCGCUUCAUGAACGUGUGCUUCUGUUGCCCCGUGGGCCAGGGCUACGGCCUCACUGAGACGUGCGGAGCUGGCACCAUCAGCGAGAUGUGGGACUACAGCACGGGGCGAGUUGGAGGACCGCUCGUUUGUUCUGAAAUCAAGCUCAAGGAUUGGGUGGAGGGUUGCUACCACAGCACAGACACGCCCAACCCACGAGGCGAGAUCCUGAUUGGCGGGCCCAACGUUACCAUGGGUUACUACAAGAACGAGGCCAAGAACCAGGACUUCUUUGUGGACGACAACGGCCAGCGCUGGUUCUGUACAGGAGACAUAGGAGAGAUCCAUCCUGAUGGAUGCCUCAAGAUCAUUGAUCGUAAGAAGGACCUGGUUAAGCUCCAGGCUGGAGAGUAUGUGUCUCUGGGGAAGGUGGAGGCCAUGCUGAAGAACUGCCCCCUUAUAGACAACAUCUGUGCCUACGCCAACAGCGAUGAGAUGUACGUGAUUGGCUUUGUGGUGCCCAAUCAGAAGCAUCUGCUGUCGCUAGCGGAGCAGUAUCGUAUCCGGGGCUCGUGGGAGGAGCUGUGUAACAACGCUGCCAUGGAGGAGGUGGUCCUGCAGGUCAUCACUGAGGCCGCCCUAUCAGCCCAGCUGGAGCGGUUUGAGAUCCCCCGUAAGAUCCGUCUGAGUCCCGACCCCUGGACCCCCGAGACGGGCCUGGUGACUGACGCCUUCAAGCUCAAACGCCAGCAGCUGAAGAGCAAGUACCAGGACGACAUCGAGAGAAUGUACGGCGGGAAAUAGGACCAGACCAGACCAGAACCUCUCCAAGCACAGAGCCAGCAUCUGCCUCAAGCCUCCCAGCUCCGUCCUCCUAUCCCCACCCGACCACCAUCCCGGACGAGCCCCCAGAAGCACUCAAAUUACUUUAAUCUACUUUGUUCUCAUGAGACCAAAAAAGAUAGACAGAGAGAGAGAGAUAGAUAGAGAAACAGAUUGAGAGAGAUAGAGGGAGAGAAAUAGCGAUAUCAAAGAGAGGAGGCUGUGUUGUUGCAAUAUUUCUACUGUUCCUUUAUUCAAUGAAAUGGCUUUGCUUAAAAAUUCUAAUCAAUAGACAAUAGCCUAGCCCUGAAGAAUGUUGGAGAGAAUGAUUAGUUAGGUGAGAGUAAGUAAGGGGUGUUGUUGGAACACCCUAAUAUCUCCAUGUUCAUUCCACUUCUUGCCCUCUUUGGAGAUGAUUUUCCUCCAGAUGUGAGUUAUGAGACAGGCCAGGUAAGGUCAUGUUGCCUGUGGAGCCAGUUGAGCUCUGUGUGCGCGUGUGCGCGCGUGUGUGUGUGUGUGUGUGUGUGUGUGUGUGUGUGUGUGUGUGUGUGUGUGUG